UUCCCUCAGGCGCCGAGGCUCGGUCACCGCUGAGCGUGCUCGCUCCGCCGGCCCGCGGCCGCCUGGGAGAAGUGUGGCUCCUUGCUGGUGGCACUCGCGUGCGGGAAGCGGGGCUGUGGACAGCGUGCGUGAGGGGAGCCCGAGCCCUCUCCUCCCCUUUAAAGUAAGAGUGGCCUUUGUAAACCGCCCUCGGGCAGGUAGAGGAGGAGAUGCCGGCCACGCAGAAACCGAUGAGAUACGGACAUACGGAGGGACACACGGAUGUCUGCUUCGAUGAUUCUGGGAGUUAUAUUGUGACUUGUGGAAGUGAUGGUGAUGUGAGGAUUUGGGAAGACUUGGAUGAUGAUGAUCCUAAGUCCAUUAAUGUUGGAGAAAAGGCAUAUUCGUGUGCUUUGAAGAAUGGAAAAUUGGUCACUGCAGUUUCUAACAAUACUAUUCAAGUCCACACAUUCCCGGAAGGAGUUCCAGAUGGUAUAUUGACUCGUUUCACUACAAAUGCAAACCAUGUGGUCUUUAAUGGAGAUGGCUCUAAAAUUGCUGCUGGAUCGAGUGAUUUCCUAGUUAAAAUUGUGGAUGUGAUGGAUAGCAGCCAACAGAAAACAUUCCGAGGACAUGAGGCUCCUGUUUUAAGUCUUUCCUUUGAUCCUAAGGACAUCUUUCUGGCAUCAGCCAGUUGUGAUGGAUCUGUUAGAGUGUGGCAAAUUUCAGAUCAGACGUGUGCUGUAAGUUGGCCACUGCUUCUAAAGUGCAAUGAUGUGAUACAUGCGAAAUCAAUCUGCAGACUUGCUUGGCAGCCAAAGAGUGGAAAGUUACUGGCAGUUCCUGUGGAAAAAUCCAUUAAACUCUACAAAAGAGAAACUUGGAGUAAUCAUUUUGAUCUUUCAGAUAAUUUCAUCUCUCAGACCCUCAAUGUGGUCACCUGGUCUCCCUGUGGACAAUAUUUAGCUGCAGGCAGUAUUAAUGGCGCAAUUGUAGUUUGGAAUGUGGAAACCAAAGACUGUGUGGAAAGGGUGAAACAUGAGAAAGGUUAUGCCAUUUGUGGCCUGGCCUGGCAUCCUACUUGUGGUCGAAUAUCCUAUACUGAUGCAGAGGGAAAUCUAGGGCUCCUCGAGAACGUCUGUGACCCCAGUGGAAAGACAUCAAGCAAUAAGGUAUCUAGCCGAGUGGAAAAGGAUUAUAAUGAUCUUUUUGAUGGCGAUGAUACAAGUAAUGCUGGUGAUUUCCUAAAUGACAAUGCAGUAGAGAUACCUGCUUUUUCAAAAAGGACUAUAAAUGAUGAUGAGGAUGAUGAUGACUUAAUGCUGACUUCAGGUCAUCUUAGACAGCGAAGUCACAUCUUGGAAGAUGAUGAAAACUCAGUUGAUCUCACAAUGCUGAAAGCUGGUCUACUCAAAGAAGAGGUGGAAGAUGACCAGGCUGGCAGCAUUCAUAAUCUACCUGUUGUAGCAUCCCAAAGGCCAUUUUAUGAUGGACCCAUGCCAACUCCCCGGCAAAAGCCAUUCCAGUCAGGUUCUACACCUGUGCAUCUCACGCACAGAUUCAUGGUGUGGAAUUCUAUUGGAAUUAUUCGCUGCUAUAAUGAUGAGCAAGACAAUGCCAUAGAUGUGGAGUUCCAUGAUACCUCCAUACACCAUGCAACACACUUGUCAAACACUCUGAAUUAUACGGUAGCAGCUCUUUCUCAUGAAGCUAUUUUGUUGGCAUGUGAAAGCACUGAUGAACUAGCAAGCAAGCUUCACUGCCUGCACUUUAGUUCCUGGGAUUCCAGCAAAGAGUGGAUAGUAGACAUGCCUCAGAAUGAGGACAUUGAAGCCAUAUGUCUUGGUCAUGGAUGGGUGGCUGCUGCUACAAGUGCCUUGCUCCUUCGGUUGUUUACCAUCGGAGGUGUUCAGAAACAGAUCUUCAGCCUUCCGGGGCCUGUGGUGUCAAUGGCAGGACACGGAGAACAGCUUUUCAUUGUUUAUCACAGAGGUACAGGGUUUGAUGGAGAUCAGUGCCUUGGAGUUCAACUGCUAGAGCUGGGGAAAAAGAAAAAACAGAUUUUGCAUGGUGACCCUCUUCCUCUUACAAGGAAAUCCUACCUUGCAUGGGUUGGGUUUUCAGCUGAAGGUACCCCUUGUUAUGUGGACUCCGAAGGCUCUGUUCGAAUGCUUAACAGAGGGCUUGCUGAUACAUGGACUCCCAUAUGUAACACUAGAGAGCACUGCAAAGGAAAAUCUGAUCACUAUUGGGUGGUUGGUAUCCAUGAAAAUCCCCAGCAACUGAGGUGCAUUCCUUGUAAAGGUUCUCGAUUUCCUCCUACUCUUCCACGCCCUGCUGUGGCUAUAUUACCCUUUAAGCUUCCUUACUGCCAGAUUGCAACAGAGAAGGGACAAAUGGAGGAACAGUUCUGGCGUUCAGUUAUAUUUCAUAGCCACAUUGAUUAUUUAGCUAAAAAUGGUUAUGAAUAUGAAGAGAGCACUAAAAAUCAAGCAGUCAAGGAGCAACAAGAACUUUUAAUGAAAAUGCUUGCGCUUUCUUGUAAACUGGAGCGGGAAUUUCGUUGUGUGGAACUUGCUGAUCUAAUGACGCAAAAUGCUGUGAAUUUAGCCAUUAAAUAUGCUUCUCGGUCUCGGAAAUUAAUAUUGGCCCAAAAACUUAGUGAACUGGCUGUGGAGAAGGCUACAGAAUUGGCAGCAAGUCAAGCAGAAGAGGAAGAGGAAGAAGAUUUCAGAAAAAAGCUGAAUAGUGGUUACAAUAAUACUGCUACAGAGUGGAACCAGCCACAGCUCAGAAACCAAGUUGAAGAAGAUUCUGAGGACAAUAGAGAAGCUGAUGAAGUAGAACACAACCCAGACCUACAUAGGCAUGGACAGAACUUACUUUCCAAAAGUGCCAGUUUCUCUGAUGUGCCAGCUGUUAAGUUAGGUGCAGUUACAUCUAGCAGCCAAGGACGAGUAAACCCCUUCAAGGUCUCUACUAAUUCCAAAGAGCCAGCCAUGUCAGUGAAUUCAGCACGUUCAACUAAUAUUUUAGACAACAUGAACAAGCCAUCCAGGAAACCCACUGCACUUAAUCGAGCUGCAAGUAGUUAUGAAAAGUCGCCAGUUAUAAAGCCUCUGAUUCCAAAGCCCAAGUCUAAGCAGGCGUCUGCAGCAUCCUAUUUCCAGAAAAGAACUUCUCAAGCUGAUAAGACUGAGGAAGUGAAAGAAGAAGAAACUCCUAAAAAUUCAUCAUCUGAAACUUCAACUGUGUGUCCUGAAAACACUGAAAACCAAAGGCCAAAGACGGGGUUCCAGAUGUGGCUGGAAGAAAACAGAAGUAAUAUUUUGUCUGACAACCCUGAUUUUUCAGAUGAAGCAGAUAUAAUAAAAGAAGGAAUGAUUCGAUUUCGAGUAUUGUCAACUGAAGAAAGAAAGGCAUGGACCAACAAGGCCAAGGGUGCAACUGCAAGUGAUGGAGCUGAAGCAAAGAAACGAAAACACAUGGUUGAUGAAAGUGAGGAGACAGAAAACCAGAAGGAAAAAGCAAAGGAGAAUCUGAACAUGCCUAAAAAGCAAAAACCUUUAGAUAUUUCUACAAAUCAGAAACUGUCCGCUUUUGCAUUUAAGCAGGAGUAAAGGAAGAGAGUGACCUAUGGAAAGUAAUGGAUUGUUUAUAUAUUUUUAAAUUUAAAGAUAGCUGUUUGUAUUGUUGCAGGUAACAGAACAUGUAUAAAAACUAUCAUUUUUGCAAAUGACUCUGCUCCCAAAUGGAGAGCCAUUCAGAAACCUUACUGAUUUGAGGUCACUACCGUAUCCCCCAAAGGAAGCCAGUUUGCUUUUGUUUCGUAUCACCAAAGCCAAGGUCUUAAUACCUUUACAAGUUGAAGUAUCUUCUAGUGGUUUCCUCAUUUGGUUAUGUCGUGUACUAGAAGCACUGCAGUAGUCCUCUUCUCCUGUGUGUUACCAUGGACUGCUCUCUGUGUUUAUACGGACCUAGGAGACCAUGUGUUUUAAAAUGGACUUCAAACAUGUAAAUAAUCUUGUAGAUGUGACCGUUUCCUUCAUGUGCUUUAGACUUUCUUCUUCUGUGACUUUCAGUCAUCUGUUUUUUUAGAAAAAUAAAUCUUUCUCAUUUUCA